CACAGCACCAGACGGACCGGAGCGGGUUAGUGUGGAUACACAGAAGGGCAUCACACUCACGGACUCUGUACACCGCAACUCCAACACAAAUGGAUAUUUACGUGGCUCUGUUGUCCCUUUUCUUUUUUACCACACCGGAUUUGGCUUUCGCUUCAGAUCAAGACUACCAGAUUGAUAUCAUCAAUGAACUUGACCUGGCAAAUGCCACCUAUGGAAUUACCCAAGUGGCGGGUCUUCACAACAGCAGCAAAGCCUUCCUCUUCCGAGAUGUUGGGAGAGCAGUUCACGCCCCGGCACACAUCACAGAAAAAGUGGUACAGCUGUUCAGGAGUAAAAGUGAGUUUACCUUCUUGGCCUCCAUCCAGCAGAAGUCCUCCACGUCAGGAGUCAUAUUCUCUAUCCACGAGUCAGAACACAGUUACUUUGAGCUGGAAAGCAGCGGGGUGAGAGAGGAGAUCCGCUAUCACUACCGCUUCAAAGGCAAGCCACGUUCUGAAUCCUUCCCCUACCGCCUCGCUGAUGGCCAGUGGCACAAGAUCGCCCUUACCAUCAGCGCCUCCCACCUACUUCUGCAUGUUGACUGUAACAGGAUUUAUGAGCGAGUGAUAGACCCUCCCCAGAUGGAGCUCACCCCGGGCAGUGGAGUGUGGCUUGGCCAGCACAGCCACAAGCACGGUCUGUUUAAGGGCAUUAUUCAGGAUGUGAAGCUGAUUUUUGCUCCCAAUGGCUACAUCACACAGUGUCCUAAUCUUAAUCGCACCUGUCCCACCUGCAGUGAUUUCCUGAGCCUGGUGCAAGGCAUCAUGGACCUUCAGGAGCUACUGGCUAAGAUGACCUUGAAGCUGAACUACGCCGAGUCUAGGCUGACCCAGCUGGAGGGAUGUCAUUGUGAGAGGACCUGCAGUGCAAAUGGUCUGGUCUACCGGGAUAAGGAGCUGUGGGUAGAGCCUGAGAACUGCAGGAAUUGUGCAUGCAAGAAUGGUGUGGUGGAGUGUCGCAGGAUUUUCUGUCCUCCAGCAAACUGCUCAGAAGACUUGCUGCCCGUACAUGUCGAUGGAAAUUGCUGCAAGACAUGCAGGCCAAAAUGUACCUACAUGGGACAGACGUUUUCUGAGGGACAACGCUUUUUGUCGAGGAGCUGCAGGGAAUGCAAGAAUGGCCUGAUGGUGAAAGUCACAGAGACCUGUCCAGAGCUAAACUGCACCCUCAGUGAACAGAUCUUACCAGAUGGCAGAUGCUGCAAUGUUUGCAGAGGUUAUGACUUCUGCGCAGAGGGACUCAUUUGUGGAGAAAACUCUGAGUGUAAAAACAGGAAUACUAAAGCAGAGUGUGAAUGCAAGAGCGGCUAUGCCUCCAUCCACGGGGAUUCGACUUACUGUGAAGAUAUUGAUGAGUGUGCGACGCAGAUGCACUACUGCCAGUCCAACACAGUGUGUGUCAACCUGCCCGGCAGCCAUCGCUGCGACUGUCUGCCAGGCUUCAUCCGAGUGGACGAGUACUCUUGUACUGAGCAUGAUGAGUGCGCCAGUGGCCAGAAUUUGUGCGAUGAGAACGCCAUCUGCACCAACACCAUCAGGGGACACCUGUGUACCUGCAAGCCGGGCUAUGUGGGCAAUGGCACCAUCUGCAGAGCCUUCUGUGAGGAGGGAUGCCGGAGCGGAGGGACCUGUGUGUCUCCCAACACGUGUGUCUGUCCCUCGGGAUUCACAGGGCGCCGCUGUGAGACAGAUAUUGACGAAUGUGCAGAGGGCCUGAUUGAGUGCCACAACCACUCCCGCUGUGUCAACCUGCCUGGCUGGUACCACUGUGAAUGCAGAAGUGGUUUCCAUGACAAUGGCUCCUACCUACUCGACGGGAGCUCCUGCAUUGACAUCGAUGAGUGCAGUUUGCAGACACACACCUGCUGGAAUGACAGUGUGUGUGUGAACCUCCCAGGAGGCUACGACUGUGUAUGCACAUCUGGUCCAGGCUGCAGUGGUGACUGCCCACAGGAAGAAGGAAUCAGGCGCAAUGGAGAAGACUGGAAAGCCAGCUUUGAUCGCUGUGCUAUAUGCUCCUGCAAGGAUGGGCAGACGUAUUGCAGAAGGAGACCUUGUGACUGUGGAGACCCAGAUGAAGAUCUGUUUUGCUGUCCUGGCUGUGACAACAGGCCCAGCAGCCAGUGUUUGGACCAGAGCGGACGCACACUUUACCGCAGCGGAGCAUCAUGGCUGUAUGGCUGCCAGCAGUGCCGCUGCAUGGAGGGGGAGGUAGACUGCUGGCCUCUAGUUUGCCCCACGUUGAUGUGCGAGUACACGGCAGUGGCGGAGGGCGAAUGUUGCCCGCGCUGCGUCACAGACCCCUGCCUGGCUGACAACCUGUCGUAUGACAUUCGGCAGACAUGCAAGGACCCCGCAGGCAUCGCCCGCCUCAGCGGAGACACAUGGCAUAUGCCCAAAUCACCCUGCACCACCUGCAAGUGUAAGAAUGGAAAUGUUUGCUGCUCGGUGGAUCUCGACUGCCUUCAGAACAACUAAAACCCUCCUCCCCUCCUCCUCCCCCUCCUCCU